CUCGAUAUACAUACAUAAUGAGUGAUCUAUGGAUGUGUCUGAGUCAGUCAGUGGGCGCUCACUUCACUCCGUGCGUGACUCAAUCGAUAUCCCCCAUGGCCGCCAACCAACCAACCCACCAGCCAAAACCGAGCGACCACCGCCUUGGCUGCUCCUCGAUCAUCACGGCAAAACACAUACAUACUCAUAGACUCACUCCCAUUGAUCAAUCCACUCUCUCACUCGCUGCCAGCCACCAUGUGUGCCUGUCGUCAGUAGUCAGUAUCUGAGUCCCUCGGGCCGUCCUGUGAUCCCUCGGGCUUCCCUGCAAGCAACAAACACCAGCCAGAGGAACACACGACCGACCAUUGGAAGUGCAGCGCCCCUCCCUCCCUCCCUGCAUCCCACCCACCUGUCGAGAGCUUCAUCGACCAAAUCCUGCCACGAGUCGGGGAGCUUGCGCAGCAGGUAUCGGUAGCUCUUGUUGGGAGCGCACCGCACCAGGUGGACGAUGCGGCGGAUCUCCUGGCUCGUGAAGACUUCGUGCUCCGCCUCCAUGUAACCCAGGCACGAGGCAAGCAGGCCAAUCCUGUCGACCUCAUCCGCCACCAACGACGUGGUAGUGCUCUUCUCGUCGUGGUGGCCUUCUGCCGUGUCGCUGGACUGGACGACGACAUGUCCCUCGCCCGCCGCACUCUCAGCAAUCUGGCGGGCUGGCUCCUCCGAGGCGACCGGUGGCUGCUGGUCCGUGUGUGGUGCUGCGAAGUGUGGGUCGUUUGGGUCGGUUGGGAGGUAGCUGCGGCGAACGCAGACGAGGAAGAAGAAGGAGAAGUCGGUGCGGCUCAUGUCAGCCACGCGCAUGUGGUGGUGGCGGCAGAUGCGUGCUAACACCGGCGCAGGCUGACAGCAUGAUCAACACAACACAACACAACACAGCAAACACAGAUGCUUAAUGCAUCCUCGCUGCAGAGAUGACGUCCCCACCCAACCAACCAACCACGCACCGAAGGCAGCGCCUGUGCAAGCCGCGCGAACUCGCCGGCCGUGAAGCCAUCCGCAUGGCCCUCGAUCUGUGGAAACGCAUACACCAACACAGACAGACAGACAGACAGACAGACGGACAGACGUCCAUCGGCCCUUUCCUUCUGCUCCGUUCCUCCCUCUUUGGCUGGCUGGCUGGCUGACCAUUGGAUAGAGCGUCGGGAGGACCCUAUCGAGCAUGCCGAACCUGGCCCACGUCCAGACUGCCUUUGCGAGGAAUCUGGGUGUGAGUCCGGUGGUGAGUGUGGGGUUGACGAGGUCGAGGGUGGCCCUCUCCAGCAGCCUGGGGUGCAAUAUCUGCAGCCUCGACAGCGACCACAUGUUGGUGAUGGUGUGCAGCAGCGUCGUCUGCGGGUACUUCCGCUCGAUCUCCGGCAGCAGGAUGUUCAGCAAAACCAUGUCCUGCUUCGUCGCACCUGAGGCAACCAAGGAACACACACGCACGUCAAACAGAACGACACAAUGGAACGCAAUGGAAAACAGGCGCAGCCGGAGUGAUAUGCUUGUGCCGUCUGUGUGUGUGUGGAGCUUCCUUCCUUGCCUUCUCUGACAUGGUCGGCAAUGGCGUAGAGGACGUCGUUGAGUUCGAAUGAGUCGAAGGUGGCGACGCAGUCCCUGAUUUGUGGCAGCAUGUAGUCGAUCAGCUCUUGCGGCACGGGGUCCAGCUUGGCCAUCACGCGAUACACACCCAACAGAUUCAAAGGACUGAACUCCUCAAACAUCUCCUACACACACAUAGCACAGCACACAUGACACACAUGGCACACAGAGAAAGAAAUCCCCACAUUCGCGCCCUCCAACCCUUCCGCCCCGACUCCCCCACCUCCCACCCCACGCACCCAAAUCUUGUCGACUAGCAUGUUCCAGAGUUCCAGGUCGUUGGGUGCCAGCUCGUACAUGGGCCAGAGAAGUGUCAUGACGUCCUCUGGCUGGAAGCCCACCAGCCGGUCCUUGAUCCACGUGGUCAGCUGGUUCACCAGCACCGCCUGCUGGAAAGGCAUCCUCGCGUACGCCUGUGAAAGGCGCGCCAGCUCUGCGGGCGUGUAGACGCGCAGUGAAAAGACGAUUUGGUGCUCGAGGUGUGGCAUGAGGGUCUUCUCGAGGUAGUCCUCGGGUAUCUUGGCCACCUCGACGACCGCCUUCCUCGGGUCCUGCGUGAUGCGCUGGGGCUCCUUGAUCAUCUCGUCGAUGUCGACCAUUGGCGGGUGCUGCGCCAGGUCGACCAGAGGGUUGCCCGGCGGCCGGGACAUCUCGUACUGGAUGCGGGCCUUCUUGAUCAUCUGCUCACCCAGAAGCCCGCCGUCAGGGGCGGUGGACACCCAACCAUCCCGGAUGUCGCGGUCCAGCAACUCACUCGGCUUGUACGUGGGCGCCAGGCCAGUCGUCACCUCGGUCGAAAGCUCACCCCCCUCCUCUCUCGGCACCACACUCGUGUCGCUGCCCUCUCCUCCUUGCAACUCGACAGACGAUGCAUCGCCUUUGUCCGUCGUGAGGCUGUCGUCGGCGUCUUGGCUGUCGUCUGCCUUAGGGCGGGCGAGGCUGGACUGAUGCCGGCGAUGGUGAGUGAGGGGCAGCAGCAGAGAGGGCCAGCGGCUGUAGGGAUGAUGGGUGAGCGAAGCCGAUGAUGCAGAUGAACGCAACAAAUGACGAGAUCUCAUCCGCCGAAAGAUCAUCAUGUCCAGGCACAGACAGAGCCGAGCGCCACCUUCUGCUUCCUUCCCCUCCCAGCUCCCAAGCUGCCAUCCGAC